AAUACAUAGACAAACAGCAUGGAAAACAGUUCGUCAAAGAUCAUCGAAUAAGUUGGAUCUCUUCAACUCUAUAUCAUUUUAUCGCUCGAAACGCUAUCGUUCUUGUUCUUUUUCUCAUUUUCGGACUUCGGACUUAUUUAAAUCGUACGAAAAUAAUCAUGAAACGUAUCGUCGCAUUUGCGCAAGUAUUGUCCUUGGUUUGCUUGAUCGCCUUGGCCUUUCCGCAGAAUGACCGGUCAAACGGGAUUUCUGGUAACUCCAAUAAUCCAGCCAGUAGCACUACACAAGCAACAACAAGCAAUUGUCCAUGUAUAGCUACAGCAGAAUACAAUCCAGUAUGUGGCAGUGACAACGUUACUUACUGGAACAUGGGAAGAUUUAACUGCGCGAAAAGUUGUAAUCCACAGCUUGAAAUAAGGGUAAUUAGAGCUUGUGAGCCAUACAGCCAAAUAAGCAGUAACUGAGCAAACAGUUUAUUGUUGUUUUUAUAUGAUUUAUAUUGUAUAGCAGCAUAUAAAUAAAAAUGCAUGAUAUCCUGAUAACAACGUAGUAAUAAUAAUGUAGCACACAACACUGAAAAUAUCGCAACAACUUUUUAUUGAAAUACAUAUUCAACAAUUUAUAAUAACAAAGGAUAUUUUCAUUUUUAUCUUAAUUUGCAUAACUGAUAGUGGUUUCGUUAACUGCUGCUCAUAAUCUGAUGUAAUCUACGUACGAUUAUAUUUUUUAAGUUUAUUAAUGCAUAUCUUAAGUAUCGCUUUGUAAGUAUGUAACAUGUUAUAUAAUUUAACUAACUGAAAGAUAUCAUGUUAAGUUUUAAAAGAGUAAUUAUUGAACAGAAAAAAAUAAAAAUUUAGAAAGUA